CAGAAUUCCUUGGAAACAAAGAAGGAAGAGGAGGCUUGGUCUUUUCCUCCAACUGAAGUCUGGAUCUGGACAUGUGUUUUUUGAGAGACUGUUUGGGACUGGAAUCUGACAUGGCACACAGAAAAUCCAGACUUUACCCCAUGCUUUCAGAACACAGUCCUGGUUUGGAUUCCUUGCAUCUACCUUUGGGUCUGCUUCCCAGUCUACUUACUAUACCUUCGUUAUCAUGACCGGGGAUACAUCCAAAUGUCACACCUCAACAAAGCCAAAACGGCUUUGGGGUUAAUACUGUGGAUAGUCUGCUGGGCAGACCUUUUCUACUCUUUCUGGGAAAGAAGUCAAAAUAUCUUUCGAGCUCCAUUUUUUCUUGUUAGCCCUACAAUCUUGGGUAUAACAAUGUUGCUUGCCACAUUUUUAAUACAAUAUGAAAGAAUAAAAGGAGUCCAGUCCUCAGGUGUAAUGAUGAUUUUCUGGUUCAUCUCAUUGUCAUGUGCCACAGUAAUUUUUAGAUCCAAAAUAAUACAUGCCUUAAAUAUGGACACUGAAGUGGAUGCAUUUCGUUAUGCGACCUUCUGCAGCUACUUUGUCUUGUUACUUGUACAACUCAUACUGUGCUGCUUUCCAGAACGACCACCUUUGUUUUCUGAAACAGUAAAUGAUCCUAAGCCAUGUCCAGAGUUCAGUGCUUCUUUCCUCUCUAGAAUCACAUUCUGGUGGAUCACUGGGUUGAUGAUUCAAGGUUAUCGGACACCUUUGGAAGCCAAGGAUUUGUGGUCAUUAAAUAAAGAGGACAUGUCUGAACAGAUAGUGCCAGGUUUGGCUAGGAACUGGGCAAAAGAGUAUGCGAAGACAAAGAGGCAACCAUUAAACAUGCUGUACUUGCCCAAAAAGCAGCAAAAAUCAAACGACUCAAGCGGUGAGGUGACAGAGGAGGCUGAAGCUUUGAUUAUAAAACCAACUCGGAGGAGUUCUGAGGCAUCUUUAUUCAAGGUGUUAUAUAAAACUUUUGGACCAUAUUUCCUCAUGAGCUUCCUGUUUAAAGCUGCACAUGAUCUCUUGAUGUUUACAGGCCCGGAAAUUCUGAAAUUGCUAAUCAAAUUUGUAAAUGACAAAGGUGCCCCAAAUUGGCAAGGCUACUUUUAUACAGGGCUGCUCUUUGUUUGUGCCUGUCUUCAGACACUGAUUCUGCACCAGUAUUUUCAUAUUUGCUUUGUCACUGGAAUGAGGCUCAAAACAGCUAUUGUUGGUGUAAUCUAUCGAAAGGCACUAGUUAUCACAAAUUCUGCCAGAAGAACUUCUACUGUGGGUGAGAUUGUGAAUCUAAUGUCUGUGGAUGCUCAGAGAUUCAUGGACUUGGUUACCUAUAUAAACAUGAUUUGGUCUGCACCUCUCCAGGUGAUAUUAGCACUGUACUUACUGUGGCAAAAUUUAGGUCCAUCUGUAUUGGCAGGUGUGGCUGUCAUGAUCCUUCUGGUUCCAGUAAAUGCUGUGAUGGCAAUGAAGACAAAAACCUAUCAGGUGGCUCAAAUGAAGAGCAAAGACAAUAGAAUUAAGCUGAUGAAUGAAAUUCUCAAUGGGAUUAAAGUGCUGAAACUUUAUGCCUGGGAAUUAGCCUUCAGAGAGAAGGUAUUAGAGAUCAGACAGGAAGAGCUGAAAGUCCUAAAAAAAUCUGCUUACCUUGCUGCAAUGGCUACCUUUACAUGGGUCUGUGCUCCUUUUCUGGUUGCCUUGUCCACGUUUGCUGUGUAUGUAACUGUAGACAAGAACAACAUCUUGGAUGCUCAGAAGGCAUUUGUAUCACUAGCAUUAUUCAACAUCCUCAGGUUUCCACUGAACAUUCUUCCUAUGGUUAUCAGCAGCAUAGUAGAAGCCAGUGUCUCAUUGAAACGCCUCAGGGUGUUCCUCUCUCAUGAAGAGCUGGAUCCCGACAGCGUAAUCAGGGGGCCCAUCAAAGACAUGGAAGGAAGCAUUAUUGUAAAGAAUGCAACAUUUAGCUGGUCCAGAAAUGAUCCUCCUUCAUUGAAUAGCAUUAACUUCACCGUUCCUGAAGGCUCCCUGAUAGCUGUUGUUGGGCAAGUUGGCUGUGGAAAGUCGUCAUUGUUGUCGGCACUACUGGGGGAGAUGGACAAAAAGGAAGGCUACGUGGUUGUCAAGGGCUCAGUAGCCUAUGUUCCUCAGCAAGCCUGGAUCCAAAAUGCAACUCUGGAAGACAACAUAGUGUUUGGAAGGGAGAAGAAUGAGAGCUGGUAUAAGUGUGUGAUUGAGGCUUGUGCGCUUCUGCCUGAUAUAGAGAUUCUUCCUUCAGGAGACAGAACAGAAAUAGGAGAAAAGGGUGUGAAUUUGUCUGGAGGACAGAAACAGCGAGUUAGUCUUGCUCGGGCAGUUUACUGUAAUACAGAUGUCUAUCUGUUCGAUGAUCCUUUGUCAGCUGUUGAUGCCCAUGUUGGGAAGCAUAUUUUUGAAAAAGUUAUUGGACCAAAAGGGAUCCUGAAAAAUAAAACACGGGUUUUGGUAACCCAUGCAGUCAACUAUCUGCCUCAGAUGGAUAUGAUUCUGGUGAUGACUGAUGGAGAAAUAUCUGAGAUGGGCUCCUACCAGGAGCUGCUGAAACAAGAUGGGGCUUUUGCUGAAUUCCUUCGUACAUAUGCUAAUGCUGAACAGAGCAUGGAGAACAGUGAUGCAAAUAGUCCAUCUGGAAAGGAAGGAAAGCCUAUAGAGAAUGGUGUCCUUGCAAACGAAGCCCCUGGAAAACUGGUGCAUAGGCAACUCAGUAACUCUUCAACGUACAGCAACGAGAUGGGGAAGUCACAGCACCAGAGCAGCACGGCAGAGCUGCAGAAGCCACUUGCGGAGAAGAAUUCCUGGAAGCUGACGGAGGCAGACACUGCACAGACUGGGAGGGUAAAGGCUACAGUGUACUGGGACUACAUGAAAGCUAUUGGACUCUUUAUCUCUUUUCUGAGCAUCUUUCUCUUUAUGUGUAAUCACAUAGCCUCCCUGGCUUCCAACUACUGGCUAAGUUUAUGGACCGAUGACCCUGUUAUCAAUGGGACCCAGCAGUACACAAAUGUCAGACUGGGAGUGUAUGGAGCAUUGGGAAUUUCUCAAGGUAUUGCUGUGUUUGGCUACUCGAUGAUUGUGUCAAUAGGGGGAAUAAUUGCUUCACGACACCUGCACUUUAACCUGCUGCACAACGUCCUCAGGUCUCCAAUGAGUUUCUUUGAACGUACACCCAGUGGAAAUCUGGUGAAUCGUUUCUCUAAGGAAAUGGAUACCAUUGACUCCACCAUUCCACCAAUUAUCAAGAUGUUCAUGGGAUCAACAUUUAAUGUCAUUGGGGCUUGUAUCAUCAUUCUGCUGACCACACCAAUAGCUGCUGUUGUUAUUCCACCUCUUGGAUUUCUCUACCUGAUUGUGCAGAGAUUUUAUGUGGCCACUUCCCGCCAGCUCAAACGCCUGGAGUCUGUCAGUCGCUCUCCAGUAUAUUCUCACUUCAAUGAAACCCUCCUGGGAGUUAGUGUCAUUCGAGCCUUUGAGGAGCAGAAGCGUUUCAUACAGCAGAAUGACACGAAAGUGGAUGAAAAUCAGAAAGCUUAUUAUCCAAGCAUUGUUGCAAACAGGUGGCUGGCAGUCCGUCUGGAGUGUGUGGGGAAUUGUAUAGUCCUCUUUGCAGCAUUGUUUGCAGUGAUUGCGCGCCACAGGCUUAGUGCAGGACUGGUUGGCCUCUCGGUGUCCUACUCAUUGCAGAUUACAGCAUACUUAAAUUGGCUGGUUCGUAUGUCAUCUGAGCUGGAAACCAACAUUGUUGCAGUAGAAAGAGUCAAAGAAUAUGCUGAAAUGGAGAAAGAGGCUGAAUGGAAUAUUGAACAAACUGCCCCAGCAAGUACUUGGCCACAGAAGGGGAAGAUUGAGUUUCAAGGCUAUGGUUUACGUUAUCGGGAAGACUUGGAUUUGGUUCUGAAAAACAUAAAUGUUACCAUAAAUGGGGGUGAGAAGAUAGGAAUAGUAGGAAGAACAGGAGCUGGGAAAUCCUCUCUGACUUUAGGUUUGUUUCGGAUUAAUGAAGCAGCUGAAGGAGAAAUUAUUAUCGAUGGAAUUAAUAUUGCUAAGAUAGGACUACAUGACUUGCGGUUCAGGAUCACCAUCAUCCCUCAGGAUCCAGUAUUGUUUUCUGGAACUCUGCGUAUGAAUCUUGAUCCUUUUGACCAACACUCUGAUGAAGACAUUUGGAGGUCUUUGGAAUUGGCUCAUUUGAAAAAUUUUGUAUCAUCUCUCCCUGAUAAACUCAAUCACGAGUGUGCUGAAGGUGGAGAGAAUCUCAGUGUGGGACAACGCCAGCUGGUGUGCCUGGCUCGGGCUCUGCUCAGAAAGUCUAAAAUCCUGGUUCUAGAUGAGGCCACAGCUGCUGUUGAUCUCGAGACAGAUAACCUUAUACAGUCAACAAUAAAGUCUCAGUUUGAAGAAUGUACUGUUUUAACUAUAGCACAUCGCCUAAACACAAUUAUGGACUACACAAGAGUUCUAGUCCUUGAAAGAGGUGAAGUUGUGGAGUGCGGUAGCCCAGACAACUUACUUCAGAAAAAAGGCAUUUUCUAUAGUAUGGCCAAAGAUUCAGGCUUGGUGUAGGAUUUAAAUUUGUUUUGUUUGCCUGAGGAAGAGGAAGGUGAUACAUUCAGAGAACUGUAGCUUUGACUGGGCUGGUGUGAACCAUGCUGUUCGGGCUCAGACCUCAUGAGGUCAGCCAGAGCAUGAAGAUGGAGGUAACAGAAAAAUGCAAUAUCUUUUUCUUGUUUGUUUUUUCUCCUUAGUAUUGAUUUAGCAAGCCUGCUUUAGGAGAGGCAUAUAUACUGGCUGGAACACUUUAGAGACAUAUAUUAAUUUCUGUCUGAAAUCUGUCAUACUAUGCUUUAAAUGUAUGUUGAAGUGAUUCAUCAGAGAAGUUCAGAACAACUUUUUCCUUUUCAUCUGCUCUUAUGUUCUGAAUCCCCCUUUUUUUGUUUAAAAUAUUUUGCAAAGCCUAGUUAUUUGCUUGUUCGCUGAUACCUCAUUUGAUGAACCAUCUAUUGUGGGAUGUAUUUGGAACAUUUUGUGGCAUAAAGUACUAUAGUCCAAAGAUUUUUUUCGUGUGAAAUAAUGCGUGUGCCAGAUUUUCUCAUUACAGCAUUUACUGUACAUGGUUAAUGCUUUUACGCAUUCUCCUAAAGGUUUCAUAUGUGUUUACAGUACAUAGCAGCAAGUUCACUGUAAGGUGUCAGUAGUGCUGAGGUGAAAAAGCACAGUCAACUUCAAAACAGUAUUUAAGCACGUCUGGAAUGACAGUCACUCCAAAACCAAAUUCUUGCAGCAGCUGGAGUGUUGCAGUAUGAAGUACCUGAUUUUACACCUGGUUCACUCAGGAAUUCGGACUUGCAUGGAGAAUCCUGGUUAUGUCUGUGGGGACAAGGCUUAGAAGCGAGAAUUUGUCUGAGCAAAGAUUGCAGACUGAGUUCCAAUGUAAUAUUGAUUGUAAUACCCUUGACUUGGGCAGGUCUGUACUUUAGUAGCAGCUCUGCCUCAUCAAGGACCAUUAGCCUUAUAACAAAGAAACAUGCCCUUCAUGCUGCUGCUGACUCUUAAAUCUUGUGGGAAAAUAUUUUGUUAAAGUUUAAAAAGAAAAAUAAUCUUUGUUUUACUGUUUUUAAAGUUGUGUGUUAGAGGGGUCCAAUAAUUCAAAUACCCAUGGAGUCUGUUUUUUCAAGAUCUUUUUGUUGAAUGUUCAUUUUUCUGUGGGAAGGAAAAACAGUUGCAUUUCUCAUGUUCUUAACGGUCUUAUUUUGAAAGAAAUUGUUGGAAGAAGGCAAACUGAGUCAGAUGGAUCCAAACAUUCAGCACUCUGAGAACGUGGACUUCUGUGAAUAAUGUUGCUGACUAGACAAUUGUUUUCUCUUUAGAGUAAAGCUAUUUAUUUUUUUCUGUAAAUUAUAACUCUCUGAAAUUGAAUAGACUGAAAUUUUCUUUGGUAUUUUUUGUAAUGACAAUAUUGGAAAUACAAAUAUUUGCAAAGAACUUGCAGUAAAAAAAAAUGGUUUGAAUGAUAA